ACAUGAAAGAAUAAGACGAACAAGAAAGAAGACGUUAUUAAAAGAUCAAUUCAAUUGGAUACCAUUAUCUGGAAACCACUAUCAUCUAACAGUUCAUAAACUAUAGUAUAAACCUAACUUACAAAAUGGUUGAUACUGAAGAUCCGUUGUUGAAUCAUCUUUAUUCCAAACUUGGAUCCAUAAAUCAAGAAAAUAUACUUCAUGCCAAUGAUGAAUUAACCAACUGCACCACAACUAAUAAUAAUAAUAAGAAUAAUAAUCAAGUAGAAUCAGAUAUACUAUCAGGUAAUGUCAAUCAAAACAAAUUAAGAAAGAUAUCGCGACCUCCAACUCUUCGAAUCAUUCCACCAUUGAACUUUUGUCCUGUUGAAAAACAAUUAUAUAGAUCAGGACAACCAUCGAUUAUAAAUCAAUCAUUUUUACAAGAUUUGAACUUAAAGACCAUUGUAUGGUUAGCUAAUGAAGAACCUAAUGAUGAUUUUUUAGAAUUUUGUCAAUACAAGAAUAUUAAUAUUGAAUUUGUGGGGAUUAUAAAUGAAUAUUAUGAUCAUGAUGGGAAUUUAAAUACCAAUAAUACUAAUCAUAUUACAGUGAAUCCAUGGGAUUCAUUGAAUGAAUCUACGAUUAAGAAGGCUUUAGAAAUCAUAUUGAAUAAAGAGAAUUAUCCCUUAUUAACAUGUUGUGGGAUGGGAAGACAUCGGACAGGGACAGUGAUUGGAUGUUUAAGACGAUUACAAGGAUGGAAUUUAGCUAGUGUUUCAGAAGAAUAUAGGCGGUUUACAGGAGCAAGAGGAGGUAGAAUCUUGGUUGAAUUGUUAAUUGAAAGUUUUGAUAUUACCAGUGUUGAUAUUGAUCCAAGUAAAGUACCAGAAUGGUUGCCACUUCAAUAGUUUGUACAGAAAAUAUUUAGAAGAGAUGACAAGAGAAUAUAAUAAAUAUCAUCAUAUUUUUACCUUACGAUUACAUGAACCAGUUGUAUACAAAGAUAAGAGAUUAAGGCUUUUGUUAUCCUUAAUUGUAAGUUAACCUAACUACCUAACAUGUUAAGUUGCUAUAUGACUUAAAGCUUAUGAUUACUAGCUUAGAUAUUCGAGUCGUGUACUUUUGUCGUAAAAUCCAUCAAUUUCUGUCAAAUCGGACACGACCUUAAACUCCACAUUUAGUGAUUGCCCCCUCCUUGUCCCUAGAUGAUCAUUGAUAAGUAGAUAUUUUGCCAUUCCAUCUAUAGAUACUUUUUCUUCUCUAGAUAUCAUUUAUAUCAACUUAAUUGGUGACCAUCAACUGUUAUCUCUUGUUAUAAAAAGCCGUUACUUUAAUCGUU